AGUGAAGUGAAUGUUGAGUUAAUUGAUGUUCAAUGGCCAAUUUCUUCGGAUACUUGAUCAUUAUUUUUGCCCUUAAUUCAGCAUGCUUGGCAUUGCAGCACGGCUACUGGCUACAGGCGCCCAUAAUCGGGGGAAGUCCGGCCGACAUCCGAAACUACCCCUACCAGGUGCUGCUUUUGAUCAACAACAAGGCGAAUUGCGGCGGAUCGAUAAUCAGUGAGAAGUUCGUCAUCAGCGCAGCCCACUGCGUUUACGACGUGCCACCCAGCCACUUGUCGAUAAGAGCGGGAUCUUCGGACCGGACCACUGGCGGGCAACUGGUGGGGGUGAAGUCUGUCAACUUCCCAGCUGACAGAUUCAAUGUGGACACUUAUGACUUUGACAUUGCGGUGUUGCGGCUAGAAACCGCGCUGGUUUUCCGGGAGGGCGUGGCCGCCAUUGCGCUUCCCCCUCCAGACGUGGACGUUGAGCUGGGCGAGGUUGCCGUCGCCACCGGUUGGGGGCAGAUCGAUCCCGACGAGACAACGUUGCCGGAUAUUCUGCAGUAUGUGGAACUUCCGGUGAUUACGACGCAGGCCUGCCAACGCUACUACGGGCAGUUGAUUACUGCGCGAAUGUUCUGCGCAGGCUACCAGGAGGGCGGCAAGGACACGUGUUUGGGGGACUCGGGCGGGCCGCUGGCAGCCAAUGGGGUGCUAGUGGGCGUGACGUCAUGGGGUCCAGGCAGAUGCGCCCAGUCCGGACAGCCGGGAGUGUUCACCAAGGUGGCCUUUUUCAGGGAGUAUAUCGACGAUGUUGUGCGAUCGUAUGGGCGGAGGGAUUUUAAAUAAAUUAUUUUUUAAAAUUAAAUAAAAAAUCACAGUUUUUGGGCCGAUUUUCCGAAACUCAAACGCGUUUUAAACAGCAUCGGUGUGUCAAUAAAUUGUGUGAUUUGGAUGGUGGCGUCGGGUUGGAAACCUGGAAAUUAUAAUUUUUUUAUUU